AUGUCCAUUUUUGACCAAUUUCGAGAUAUUGAACCUGAUCGCAUCCGCAAUAGCAUAGUAUCAAUUAUUGCAGGAUUUUUAUUUGCAUUAGGCUGGUGGAUAGCAAUUGACGCAGCUGUACUUUUCGCUGAAAACAAUUCUUUACCUAAUGCAUAUCAUACAGCUGGAGUAUUCAGCACCAUUGCUUUCAUAUUAAUUAACAGUGUUCCUAACGGAGUGUUGAGAGAUGAAUUUUCAGACAGUCGUAUCGGUCGUCGUGGAGCACUUAUAUGCCUAUUUUUCGCUUUCUCAAUGGCAUUUAGUAGUACAAUAGCUGCAUGUUGGAUACUAUUUGGAGGUUAUAUCGCUGUAGAUAAAACACCAGUAUGGCCAGGUGUAGCUAUAUUAUUACAAAAUCUACUAAUUUGUAUAUCGUCAAUUUUAUUCAAAUUUGGCAGAAAAGAUCUUAGUGAUUUCUAA